AUGGCGCAAGAUGUCAAGUCCAGCUACUACCUCCUCCUCGCCACCAUCCUCGUGCUCCCGCUCCUCUUCCUCAAGCUCAGGCCGCACAGGCACGGCGUCGAGACUAACCUUCCCCCGGGGCCAUGGCGGUUACCGGUCAUCGGCAGCAUGCACCACUUCGUAGGUGCACUCCCGCACCGCGCCAUGCGGGACCUGGCCCGCCGGCUCGGCGCUCCGCUCAUGCUGCUCCGCCUCGGCGAGCUCAGCGUCGUCGUGGCCUCGUCGGCGUCGGCGGCGAGGGAGGUCAUGAGGACCCAGGACGCCGCGCUCGCCACCCGGCCGCUGACCGCCGCCCUCCGCGCGCUCCACAAGGACGGUUUCGGCUUGGUGUUCGCGCCCAAGGGCGAGCAUUGGCGCCAGCUCCGCAAGCUCUGCGUCACCGAGCUUCUCUGCACGCGGCGGGUCCGGUCCCUCCGUGGCUGCCGCCAGGCAGCGGCCGCCACCCUCGUCGCGUCCGUCACGGCGCAGUCGUCGUCGACGUCCGAGCCGGUGAACGUCAGCUCCCUCCUCUCCACCUACGUCACCGACGCGGCGGUGCGCGCCGUGGUGGGCGACCGGAUGGGGGAUCGCGACGCCUUUCUGGCAUGCAUGGACGAGGGUGCCAAGGUGGCCACCGGGUCCAGCCUCGUCGACCUGUUCCCGUCCUCGCGCCUCGCGCGCGCACUCAGCGGGACGGCGCGACGCGCGGAGCUGUACGGUGCCAAGAUGAGCCGUCUCAUGGACGUUGUCCUCGAGGAGCACCGCGCGACGAGGUCGGCCACCGGCGCCGGCGACGAGGAAGAAGACCUCGUGGACGUCCUUCUGAGGCUCCAGACGGAUGGCGGGCUUCACGUUCCUCUCGAGAUAGGAACCUUGCGCGCCUUGAUCACCGAUCUGCUUGGGGGUGCGAACGAGACCUCGGCGACGACGCUACAGUGGGCCAUGGCGGAGCUGAUACGGGACCCGAAGAAGCUCCGCAGGGCGCAGGACGAGGUGCGCGGAGCCUUCGCCGGGGAGAGCCGCGUUCGGGAGGAGGCCCUGCCGGAGCUGCGUUACCUGCAGCUUGUGGUCAAGGAGACACUCCGGCUGCACCCGGCGGUUCCGCUGCUCAUCCCGCGGGAGUGCCAGGAGCCCUGCCGCGUGCUCGGCUACGACAUUCCCGUGGGCGCCAUGGUGCUCGUCAACGCGUGGGCGAUCGGGCGAGACGUCGAUAGCUGGGGCGCGGACGCCGAGGAGUUCAGGCCGGAGAGGUUCGAUGAGGCCGGCAGGUGCGCGGUGGACUUUAAGGGGACGCACUUCGAGCUCUUGCCAUUCGGCGCGGGACGGAGGAUGUGCCCCGGCAUAGCACUGAACGUGGCUGUCAUGAAGCUCGCGCUGGCGAGCCUCCUCUUCCAUUUCGACUGGGAGAUCCCUGGCGGCGCAGCCCCGCAUGAUCUGGAUAUGACGGAAUCAUUCGGGACCACGACGCGGAUGAAGAACGACUUGUGGAUGCAGGCCACUGUUCGCGUGCCUCUUCCAACUCUCUAG